CGAAGGGGGGGCGUUCGCGCUGUGCGGGAGUUGGGUGCGUUAAGCGAGGCUGUUCGUCCCUCUCUCUCCAUCCCGCCCCUCCUCUUCCUCCUCUCCUUCCUCCCUCCCGCCACCCCCCUCCUCCUCCUCCUUCCCCUCUUUGUUGGCGGUUCCUUCUCUCUCGCUGUCUCCUGGGAGGGCGGCGACAAGAGCCCGAGCCUGGCGAUGCCCGAGUUCCUGGCGGACCCGUCGGUGCUCACCAAGGAGAAGCUGAAGAGCGAGCUGAUCGCCAACAAUGUGAGCCUGCCGGGCGGCGAGCAGCGCAAGGACGUGUAUGUGCAGCUCUACCUCCAGCACCUCACCUCGAGGAACGCGCCGGGAGCCCAGGCGCAGCCCGACUUCUCCAGCGAAGAGGAGCAGGAGCCCAGCCCAGUCGUCGCCAGGAACAGAAUCGGCGGAGAUGGCGCCGCCGCCGCCGCGACCGUCGCCGUGGGCCGGAAGGCAACAAAGAAAACUGACAAACCGCGGCCAGAAGAGCAGGAUGAUAUAGAUGUAACAGAUCUCAGUAAUGAAGAACUCAAAGAUCAGCUUCUGAGAUAUGGUGUGAAUCCAGGUCCUAUUGUGGCUACUACAAGGAAGCUGUAUGAGAAGAAAUUACUGAAGCUGAAAGAGCAGGGCCAAGAGCCAAGUUCUUUCAUACCUGCACCAAUUGUUUCUUCAUCUGCAGAGAACAACAAACAAAAUGGAAAUAAUGACUCGGAUCAAUACAGUGACAACGAAGAAGAUCCGAAAACAGAAUUCAGACUUGAGAAGCGAGAACCACUGAAGGGCAAGACAAAGACUUCAGUUACAGUUAGACAAAGAAAAAUUGCCGAACAUAAUCAGAACUAUUCUCAGGAUGGAGUUACUGAGACAUUCUGGAGAAGUGGAUCUUCAAAAAGUGGACUUCUGCAGGCAGUUUCUAGGGAGUCUGCAAGAGUAUCAAGAAGAACACCAAGAAAAAGGGUUGAAACUACAGUACCGCUACCUGUACAUGAUGCAGUAAUAUCAAAGAGUACUCCUAUAGCUGAUACUGUAGUGGCUUCAAGCAACGAGACCCUAGUAAAUAUAUUGAAUUUGCAAGAGCAGGUUGUCAAUAGGGUGCCUGGAAAUUUCAAGCAUGCAGAUCCUAUACUGUCAAUCAGUGACUUCUCAGAGUUGCCCAGAAGAACACCAAAGAAACCAUUGAUGUCAGCUGAAGUCAUGGAGAAAACAUCUACAGAGGAAAGAAGAGCAGACAGGGAUAUUCUUAAAGAAAUGUUCCAUUAUGAGGCAUCAACACCUACAGGAAUUAGUGCUACCUGCCGCAGACCAAUCAAGGGAGCUGCUGGUCGACCUAUAGAGCACAGUGACUUCCGGCUGGAGGAAACCUAUUCAUCAAAAUAUAUCCCCAAAUAUGUUGCCACAGCAGAUCUCAACCCAGAGAAACCAACAAUUAAAAAACGUUCCAUUCCUAUGUGGAUAAAAAUCCUGCUCUUUGUUCUUAUUUCAGUCUUCUUACUUUUGGUCUAUCAGUCUAUGGAAACCAACCAAGGAAAUCCAUUCUCCAAAUUUCUUAAUAGUAAUAGUAACCUGGAGGAAAAGACAGAUUGAGUGUUUGUAUGGCACACACAACUUGGUCUCCUAUUUAACUGUAGAGAUGUCUUCAUCCUUCAUCAAUUUCAGCGACUGCAUACAAAUAAUAGCGGCAUCAGAAAAGUGAAAUAAACAAGACAGUAUAAGUGGACAUCACUAACUUUUUUCAGUAUUAGGAGAUCACUUUGUGCCAUAAUUAAUAUUUUUAGAUCUCUCUGGAAUUUCUUGUAGGAUUUAUUUUUUUAACGUGGAUAUCAUUACAUUCAUUUGAGAUUGUAUAUUUGUUUUUGCAAGCUCAAGGGCAAAAGUGAUAGUAAAAUGUGAAAAUGUGUUUUAAUGUUUUUAUUUCAUAUUAAAAAGAUAAUGUACUGAAAAUUUCUCUACAUUGCCUAUUGUUUUUAGGGGUGGGAAGUGCUAAGAUAAUAAAGGGAAAUGCAUUUUUGGAUGCAUUUUGUUGAAACUGUGCAGCUAAGUUUAGUGUAUUGUAGUUUAAUGGAAAAUCCAGCAUUUUUUCUGUAGAAUACUGUAACAUUUUAAUAAAUAAAUGUAAACCUAUUGUAUACAUUUCUGUAUCUGUCCUAGUUUUAAUUGUAGUAACUCCAAUUAACCCUAUUCUCUAUUUUUAAUAAUAGUUCUCUACUUUAGUGCUUAAUGUCAUAUCACUGAUCAAAUUGGCAAUAGGUGUCCUUAGAGCAAAACAUAUUUAUUAGUAAAAUUGUGUGAAAGAAAAUUUACAUUAAAUAAACUGAACUACUUUUUUACUGAAUAAUUACAAUCUUAAAUCAUUAACUGCAGAUUUAAAAUUCCUGUCUUAUUACAAAAUGGUUAUGCUCUCAAGCAAAAACCUCUAUUUUUAUGUAGGUAAAUUGACUUCUAUGUGUAGAUUUCUUUUUUUUUCCAACUUAGAAUUUUGUUUGAACCAUCAUGGAUGUUCAUAUUCCAAAACAUUUCAUACUUUCAUUAAAAAGGCAUUGUUAUGUUACGUAUUAUGUAUCAACCAAGGUUAAAAGUUCUGCUGAUGGAUGCAACAAAUUUAGUCUGCCAUAAUUUGUUAUCAGUUGCAUUUACCAAUCAAGUAACUUCAAUUAAUUUCAAGUGUGGGUUAUUACAAAUAUAAUGUGAAUGUAUCAAUUUGCAGCACAUAUGGGAUCCUGAUAUUACUGCAUAUUCUAUACAAAAUGCAAUAAACUUAUUUUUAACGUU